AUGUCCUGGACCGACGACGCGCUCGAGAUCAUCCAGUCCGCAGCGUCUCUCGGCCUCAGUUCCAGCACGGGCAGCGGCGGCGGCACCGGACUGGUGCUGACGAUCGCCGUCUUCGUGCUGUUGACAGCCAGCAUCACCGUUCAUUACACGUCGCCGGCACACUUGACGUUGACACUUGUGGCUGUGAUGCAUCAGACCGAAGAUGCGUUUGACAGGCUGAUUGAGUUGGGUUUCGCGGUGGGCAGCGAGGAGCGGGCGCGACUUGCUGCCUUGCGCACCCGUGUCUCCGUGAUGCGGGAAGACACGCUUUCGGAUUCGCGCUCGGUUGGUCGGCGGCUGAGAGCGGUUGUGCUUCAGGGACGGUCGCUCACCCUCAUGCGGUGUAUCCGGGAUGUGAAGGACUUCAGGAUCCAUCUCGAGAUCUUGUGCGAACAACAGAAACGCCGAAUCAGCGCUGUCCUCAACGAAAAUGUCAAGCUAGACGCAUGCAGAAGACCAGACGACAGCCCGAGAUCACGCAGCAACUUCCGUAUAUUUGAUAGAAAUUGA